AUGGCUCUCAGCGCACUGCUUGGGCUCCUGGUUCCCGUCCUUUCCAUACAACUGAACGAAGAGAAGGCCAAGUCCCUGUUGACACAGUUUAGUGCUCCGGGGGACUUUGUCCUUGGUGGCAUGUUUGCCUUUCACUCCAAAGUACAGUACCUAGCCCAGGAUGUGGAGCUGAAGACCCCCAAGUGUUCCAGCUUUGACAUUACUGGCUACAAGAGGCACCUGAGCAUGCGCUUUGCCAUCGACGAAAUCAACAACUCGACUUCUCUGCUCCCCGGUGUCAAGCUCGGCUAUGAAAUCCACAACACUUGCAACAACCCAGCCGUGGCCAACAAGCCCACGAUGUCCUUCCUCUCCAAGUACCCCAAUCACUAUGGCGUGGAGGUGCAAUGCAAUUAUACCAACUAUAAGCCUCGAGUUGUCGCCGUUGUUGGCCCCGGCAAUUCGGAGCUGAGCAUGCUGGUGGCUCGGUUCCUGAAGUUUCUUUUGAUCCCAGAGAUCAGCUACGCCAGUUCCAGCGAUAAGCUAAGUGACAGGCAACUCUAUCCAUCAUUCUUCCGGACCGUCCCCAGCGACCGAAUCCAAGCCAACGCCAUGGUUCAGCUCCUGAGCAAGUUCAACUGGAAUUGGGUGGCCACUUUGGUGACUGACGAUGAAUACGGCCGCCAGGCCCUGCAGAUCUUCGUCCAGCUGGCUCUUUCUAAGGAUAUGUGUGUGGCCUAUGAAGCCAUCCUCCCGAGCGACCCAGAGGAAAGCAAGAGGAAAGAGGAGCUGUCCAAAAUAGCCGACCAGCUCCAGAAGUCCAACAUCAAUGCCACGGUGAUCUUCGCGCAACCGAGCAGUGCGGAGGCGCUGCUGAGGAUGGUGCUCAGCAGGGGCAUCACUGGCAAAGUGUGGAUCGCCAGCGAGUGCUGGGCAACCUCGCCAAACAUUGCUCUUAUUCCGAACCUGGCGAGCAUAGGAACCAUCAUCGGGGUAGCGAUAAGAAGCGGGGAGAUGCCUGGGUUCCGUGAAUAUGUGCAGAAUGUCGUAGCAGAUCCUGGUGGGGACCAGAACAGCUCUGACACCAGUGAGGGGGAUGAGCAGUGCUCUGAUUGCAGGGCUCUGACUCAUGCCAACUUCUCCACAGACACCAAUCACUCUAGGUUCUACACCUCAUUCAACACCUACAAAGCAGUCUACGUCGUCGCCCAUGCUCUCCACCAGCUGCUUCAGUGCAAUGCCACACGCAAGUGGUGCAACAUGAGCAGAGAGGUCUACCCUUGGCAGCUCCUGGAAGAAGUAGCUCGCGUCAACUUUACCAUCAAUUCUCAUCUGGUUCAUUUCAGCAAGUCGGGAGAUCCUCCAACAGGUUACGACCUGAUUUUCUGGGAUGCGACCACACCUGGAAACCACGAGUUUGUCCGUUUCGGUAGCUAUCAUCCCCUGCAACCUCAGCUCGACAUCAGCGAAUCAAAGAUCCGCUGGAACACAAAGGAAGGGAAGAGCACCACAUGCUACGACAGAGUGUUUGAAUACCUGGAGGUGACCGACACCCUCGCCAUCAUCAUGGUGGCCUUGACGGUCUUGGCCAUGGCCCAAAUGGCCGUUGUCACCGGCAUUUUGGCCAAGCACCGCGGCACCCCCGCCAUGCGCUUUGUCGGUGGCUUCCCCACACUCUCCAUUGUCCUCUCCUCAACCUGCUUCUGCAGCAGCUUCUACUUAUUCGUCAUCAAGCCCACCUCAAUGGUCUGCAAGCUCCGGCAGCCCCUCUUCUUCCUCAGCUUCACCAUCAGCUUGGCCACACUGUUUGGCAAGACACUCCAAAGCUCAGGGCUCGGCUGGGCCUUGAAGAGGCCUAUGCUGAGGAAGCACCUGGUGGGCCUCUGCAUCCUCCUCAACAUAGCCAUCCAGGCCCUCCUUUGCCUCGUGUGGUAUUGCUGGGACCCUCCCUCCUUGGAGGAGAGCACCGAGCUAGAGAAGACCAUCCUGGUGCAAUGCCGGGACAGCUCCUUCCCGGGCUACAGCUCCUUCCCGGGCUCCAGCUUGCUCCAAGCCCAUGACUUUGUCCUGGCUGCCGUCUGCUGCCUCUGCACCUUCAUGGGGCACAACUCGGACCAGAGGAACGACAAGGCCGCCAAGUCCAUCAGCUUUGCAAUGAUCCUCAUCCUCAUCAUCUGGACACUCUUCGUGCCCACCUACGCCACCUCCCAAGGGAAGUUUGUCGCCCUCUUCCAGGUCUUCGCUGGCCUGGCCAGCAUCUUUGCCAUCUUCGGCUCCUACUAUUACCCAGUGUGUUACAUCGUGCUCUUCGCGCCCCACAUGAACAUAGACGCUCACUUCCACUGCCUGCCCCAGAACCCUCCGGCAGACAGCAAGCCGGAUGCUCCAGAAACCAAGUAA